AACGCCUAUAUUUUUUUACAUCCCCACGUUUCCAAAGUUGGCAUUUGGCACUGCCGGACUUAGCAGGUUUAAGAUAUUGAAAAUUGAGAUUUGAGCGUGAGGCUUGGGAGUCUGGGACUUAGAAAUUUACCUGGAGUCUAUAUAUGCGGUCUAGAUUAUUUUGACACUUAUUUGUAUACAAUUGUGACUGUUUGAUGCUUCCAUUAAUAGGUCGAACGGUCUUUAAACUAUAAAGAAAUUCCUUCAGAACAGUUUUUCCAUUCAAACAAACCGUAAACAGUAUAGGACGUGUUUUCUUGGAACUGACCUAUAAGAUAGGUUUUUUAACAACCAAAGAAUUCGGUAAUUAACCUAAUGAAAAUUCAAACUGCAGGGCUGUUUUUAAGUAGCUCAGCCAGUGUGUUUACAGAGAACAUUAAACAGACCCAUUGAUGUAAACUGUAUCUACUUUUAUUUGAUGUGUUGGACAAUCCAAAUUAAACAUUUUGCAUAAUGGCUAGUGAAGACGUCAUUGAAUUAGGAUCAUCUGAUGAGGAAGCAGAACCAGCUUCAAAGAAGGUGAAGCUGAAUGCUAUGGUGCAUAUUCCACAUAGAUUGAGUGGAGUAACUAUUGAGCCUUCAAAACCAAAUUUACCAUUACUGCAUAAGAAAUUAUCUGGAGCACCUAUCACAAUUAAAAAAGUCUCAAAUAUUAACCUUUCUCCCUUAGAUGACAAAAGGAAUAGAAAGCCUGCAUUUAAACAAAGGCCCGUGGUUAAACAAAAUAUAAAACCACUGAAGAAGCCAAUACCCAUUAAGCAAGGUCUUAAUCCUUUAAAUGUAAAAAUGACAAAUUCCCAAAUAGCAAUUAACAAGGUCCCGGCUGUUCCUAUGAAGGAACCAAUAAAGAUUUCGAAAUUAGAAGGGACAUCUUUUAGUUCUUUGCCUUCCAGUAUAACCAUUACAAAAUGUAUACCUACUCAAAAGUAUCCAAAUGUUAAUAUCCAAAACAAAAUUAAUAAGAAUAUUAAAAUCUUACCUAAAGUAAGAAAAGUGCCCAAAGUAAAUGUAGUGCAUAACCCAGUUGCAUCUAAAUCCUCAGUGGGUGAUGUUCUUACUGUAGAACUAGAUGAUGAUGAACAACCAAGCAAUCAUGAAUGUACUAAUGGACCUCAGUGGUAUUUGCGGCCAGAAGAACAAAACCAAAGUGAGAAAAUAGAGAUGAAAAAUAAUACUGAGCCACAAUCUUCAAAGUUCAUAGAAAUAACCAUUGAAGACAGUCCAGUGAAAGCUGUUAACAAUACACAUCAAAUUGGUGCUGAAUUUGCAAUAACUAUUGAAGACAGUCCUAUUAAGUUGACAGCACACAAAAAAAAGUCUACUAAUGGUAGUGAUGAAGAAAAUAAAGGAGCACAUAAGAAACCAAAAACUAGAAAACAAUUAGAAUAUCCUAAGACUGUUUCUAAUGUCAACAGUACCAAAAAUUCUGUUGAAAUAGAGUUAGAGCCAUUGGAAGUGGCAAUGGAAACUGUAGAAGCAAACAAGAAUAAUGCAGUUCAAAAGGAUAUUAUGGAUAAUAAUUUGCAGCUUAAUUCAUCCCAAAUAAAUAGUGUCCCUAAAAACUCGGCUAAAACUAUUGAUUCCAAAGAGUUGGAAAUACCAUGUCUAAAGACUGAUAAUCAAACUAACAGGGACACUGAAUUUCACCCUGUGUAUCAAAAUUUUAUAGAUUUAUGUUUUAAAUUGGAAAAUUCUGAUGAUAUGAAAAAAAUUGUGGAGAAAAAAAUCAAAGGUUAUUACAGGCAGGUUCCUAAAGAAUACACAGAAUCGGAAGAGUUCAUUGAUAUGGUAUCUACUAAAAUAACUUCCAUGAAGGCAGGACCAGAAAGGAUGUAUUUAUAUAUAAAGGAUGUUGUUGAUGAAUUAAAUUUUAAGAGAAAAACAUUUAAACCUAAGGUGGUAACUAAUCAGGAAACAAAUGAUAAGGAAGCAGAGAAAUUCUUUUAUGGUGAAGAAAGUGAGUUUGAUUCUAAACGGCAAAGGCAGAUUCGCAAGCUGGAGAAAACUUUGAAAAAGUUGCACCGAGCCAUACAGAAACUGGAAGAACAGGAAGUUGAUUUUGAUGAUGAGGAGGAUUCUGUAUAUCUCCUCACAGAAAGGUACAAGGAAAGAAUGAUUCGAGUACAUGCAAAAUUCUGCCAAUUGACUAAUACCAAAAUGCCAUCAGAGCCCAGGAUACAUAUUGAAGCACGGCCUGGUCAACCCUCCGGACCAGCAAAACGCUUGGAAAAGAUGAUUAACAAAAAAGUGCCUAUUGGAACACCACUGCCUUUCCCGGAUUUUCAUGAUGUCCUUAAAUGUGUCCGAGAGGCAAAUGAAGAAGAUAAAUUACGUUGGAAUGAGGCAGAUAUAAUGGAUGAAGCUCGUGAUUUGUUCAUGAGGUGUGGGAGAAAGUUGCAAAGACGUAGACAAGAAAACGAAUGGAGGUUAGCAGCAUCCAGGAUAUCAGUGGAACUGGAUCCGGCAGCGGAUAAUGACGAGUUGAAGAAAAAGUUAGACCAAAAUAAAAUAUUGGCUGUUAAAAAGGAGACUGAAGUAUUCAAUAAAUAUGCAGAUAAACAAAACCUAAUGAAGCUUGAGGCCGUGGAGAUAGAGGACAAGGAGGCUGAGGAGUCACCAGCCGGAAGCGACGACGACGAUGUUCAUGAGGAUGAUGUUUCUUUGGAGAAUAAAGAAAAAAGGAAAGAGAGGCUCAGAAGGUUAUUACAAGAAAAGUUUACCAAAGAUAAUGAAAAGGACGAAAAUAAACAGAUAAGAAGUCCAAAAGAGGAAACACAAUUAGAUAAUGGCAUACAAAAUGAAAAUUGUUCGAAUAUAAAAAUAAAAUCAGUUGAAAGUCUCAGUGAAACUGUUACUAUCGACGAUAAAGUGCAGACACUUAGCGAUGAUAGCACUAAAGUGAACUCGGACAUGGAUGAGUUACAUUUGCUGCAGAAAUUGUACUCAGAGAGUGAGGCGAAUGAUUCCAGCGUGAAUUCCUCAGAUUCAGGAAGUUUUAUUGCCAUAUCUGACUCGCUGGAUUCCAGUAGUGAUAAUAAGAAGCAACCUAAUGAAGAUGUUAUUAGUAUUGAGAAUUCAAGUUACUCUGAACCUGAGGGAAGUGAUGUUGAAAAUGUAGUGAAAACAAAUCCAGCCAAAUGUCCUGUAUUAGAAACUAUAGAAGAAACAUUUCCUUCAGAUACCAAAUGUACUACUCUUGCUGAAAAGAAAAUUGACAAAACUAAUAAUGAUGAGUACAGUGAGUCUAUUGAAAACAUUCUACUUGCAUCUUCUGAUGAGGAAUGUGGGGCAUCUAAAAAGAAAAAUGACAAUAAAGAUGUCUGUGUUGAUGUAAACAAUGAUAUACUGUCAAUGGCACAAGAUGUCCAGGAACUGAAUAGUAUCCAAGUUGGUAUAGAUAUUUCAGAAACAAAAGAAAACUCUCUGGUUAUGAAAAAACAAUCCAAUAAUACAUCUACAAAAGAAAAUAUUGACCAAGCAGUGGCUAGUAACAGUUUAAAAGAAGUUGAAAUAAGUCAUGAGAAAAUAAAAUCGAAUGCGCCAGUGCUUAUUGGAAAUAAUAUAAAUAAUUGUGAGGAAACAAACAUUACUUCAACACUAGACAAUAAUAUUGUUACUGCUGAUCUAACGACAUCUGGAUCCGUUAAAAAGAUACAAGACAAUAAUAAACUAAACACGGAAUACGAUUCUGUAGAACAAAUAGUGGGUUCCAGUACAGAAGCAAUGGAAGUUGUAACAACUACAUCAACUAGUGAGAUCUGAUGAAUGGCUGACCAAGAGGGUCAUUUGUUUUUACCAAAACUGUAUAAAUACGAGCAAUAAUAUUAAUAUAGUGAUUAGUUUUAUAAAUAUAUUUUAUAGACUUGCUUCAAGUUAAGAGUGCCUUUCCACCAAAGACGUGCAAGGUAGUUAAAUUGUGCGAAAAUUUGUAGUGACUGAACAGGUUGAAAAGGAAUGUUUUGCGUUAGUCCUUUUCAAACAGCCGCGAUAAUCGAGGUUGGGAAAACGAAGCGAUACAAUUGGUGGUUACGAACGCUAAAUGUGUGUAAAAAUAUUCAUAACAAUCUAACAUCACAUUAAUUUUAAACUGUAAAUAGCUCCCCAAAAAUUGUUAAUGUAAAUAAUUGUUGUUUAAAGAGACUAUAACGAUGGUUGAAUUGGUAGUUGUCUUAAGUUUUUUUUUGCGGUUAGUAAGUUAAAGGCAUACAUGGAAUUAAUGUAUUUUUCUGCAUCUUUUGAAAGCAGGUUUAUUUUUCGAAAAAAAAAAAAUCGCUUAACUACCGUUUUCAAUAAACGAACCCGAUCGUGUUUUCAAAUCCAUCGCUAAAUUACAUAGAAACAAAGAUUUUUUUUUAAUUACAAAUUAAAUAUGUUGGUGGGUUAAUUAUAUGGAUUGGAUCAAAGAUAAAAAUUGGGAUCGUUUAUUGCAAACGACUGUUACUCAAUUAGCUUUUCAACUGUCUAUAAUAUUAUGUAUAAAGCUUACGCAAAUAAUGGAUCUUGUAUAAAUUAAAAGCUGCGUAGUCUAACAUAGUUUUUUAUUAAACCAAUGUAUUACUAUAUUAUAUGUAUGAGUCAUAAAUGGAGAUAUUUUGAAAUAUCGAAAUUAAAAAGUUACAACAUGCAUUAUUAGUGGUGUCGAAAUUUGAUUUAAAAUUAAUAUUGACUAAGAUCUUAGAUCAGACUGAUUUAUGUUUGAUAAAUGUUUUUUCCCGUUCAGUUCAUAAAUGUAUUUCUUCGUCAUCUCUUAUGGGUCUCGAACUACACUUUUUAUUAUAGGUCCCUGCCGAUGUAUUUGUAUGAUUAUUUAUAUUUUUAAACCAAGUAUAAUAAAGAGACUAAGGCAGUAUGCUCCAUUUAUAUAGAUCUAUAGCGGGACACGAACGGUAAUUUCGUACUUUGCGUCAUUUUAUACAAAUUGUGAAAAUUCUCGUUAAGUCCACGGCGCUGUUUCGGCUUCUAUUUAGAUGUGUGAAUAUAUAUAGUGUAAUUAUUUUUUAAUAAACAUAAAUAGCUAUUAUAGUCAUCUAAAUCAAGUAAAUAAUAAUAGUUAUGUAUAACAGUUGACUUAAUAUUGUUAUAUGAGACACUAUUGUAUUUUGUACGUACAUACCACCUGUAUUAAUCAAGCGUGUACUUUUGGUGUAAUAAAUAGAGUACAAUAUUUUGAAA